AUGUCUAUAUAUAUCCAAAUACUCGAUUGAUAUGCUGGCCAUUUAAUCCGCACGAUCAUUAUUACAACGAGCCUUCUUCUCAUUGACCAUCUACCGAGGCGACCGAUUGACAGGUACGUUUCUCGCAAUGGCCUGCUUCAUUCAAUUGCGUGACAAUGUCCCCUCCUGGAUCUCGGAGGUGAACAAGCUAUCCGCCCAUGUCCAUACCAAACGAGCCGAGUUCGCUGCCGAGGCCGAGAAUGUUAUUGUUUCACCAUCAUCCCUGCACCGAAAGAAGUCGAUCAGUAGCAGUGUGACGUCGGUUCGCAGUCAACGAUCUGUGAAACAUACAGGCGGUCACGGUCUCAAGCGGCUUUUAUCGCGGGAGUCGCUGCGAAGUAAUGAGGGGGUGAAGAAACAACGGAUCAUGAACAAUGAUGAAUCAACAAAAGCCGAGCCAACUGCACCGGUUCCGCCGUCAAGAAGAGGAAAACCGACACAGGUCAUUUCCUACGACGGCCACACACAAAAAGUCCUCGAGGCAAUGGUACGAGAUAUCUGGAUGGCAAAGAGUAGUAUCCGCUCAUCCCGAAUUUCCGCCUCAAUGCGCACCGCCUUUGGAGGACGGAUCAAGAUGCAGAUACCCUUGAAAAAAUCCCCCGAAACCGGUAUCCCGGAUAUAACUUCGGAUACACAAGCGAAUAUAGAAGUGGACCCGGAUGCAUCCACUGCAACCGAUGAUGAUGGAUUGGAAGACCAGUUACAGUUACGUAUGUAUAUGAUGAAGCAAAGAUCACGCCGGAGUCUGGCUCCUCCUUAUACACCUCGACAACAGCAACCUACCCGCACUAAAGAGAGUCCGUAUGACUUUAUUGAGUCUCAAUUGGAGAAUGCGCAGAACCUGUGCGAAACGGCGGCAUAUAAAUUCCUGCGUGAAGGGAAUUGUCUAGAUGAAUUAGACAGUAUCCUACGAGCAUAUGAAUUGAUCCUUGAAGCCUCCACGACAAUGGCCGAACAGGAGGAAGAAAGACUCAAAGUAGAAGAAGAGCAGGAACCAAGCCAAGAAUUUACUACGAUGACAACGGAUGAACUGAAAAGACCUGCCGUUGCCGUGACCGCCGCGACAAAGGAACUCCCAGACAACGAUCCCGAGGAGAUGAACGCAGCAAUACUCGAAGUUGAUGAUCGGUCUGAUACUUCGGAAGUUUCUAUUGAUAUUAGUGCCUUCCGGAUGACGCGAACAAAAAUUGAUAUAUUACGAAUUACGCAACGCAUCGGCAAGGUUUUCCACUAG